AUGGGAGCAACCAUACAACCUACAGUUAGACAAGAAACUGAACAGAGUAAUGAAAGCAGAAAGAAGAAAUCUCAGGAUUCUCUACAUGAGGAUAAAGUGGACAAGCCUCUUGUUGUACAACCAACAGCAAGACGAAAAACUAAACUUGUUGUACAACCAACAGCAAGACGAAAAACUAAACUUGUUGUACAACCAACAGCAAAACGAAAAACUAAACUUGUUGUACAACCAACAGCAAGACAACAACCUGGACAGAGUAAUGAAAGCAGAAAAAAGAAAUCUCAGGAUUUUCAGCUAGAGGAUAAAGUGAACAAGACUCUUGUCAAACAACCAACAGUUAGAAAAGUUGAACAAAAUGAACAAAGUAAUAAAAGCAGAAACAAGCCUCUUGUUGUAGUAGCCAUAGAUUUCGGAACAGUCCAUUCCGGGUUUGCAUAUUCCUUUAAGGGAAAUGAAGACAACAUAAAGUCAGCAGAACAUGGAGGAAUGCUGCAGGAAGAUAGAGUACCUACAAUAUUGUUAUUAAAACCAGACAAAACAUUCAAUUCAUUUGGAUACAAUGCACAGACUGAUUUUCAUGAGCUUUCUGAAUGUGACAGAUCAACAUUUUACUACUUUGAAAACUUUAAAAUGAAAAUAUAUCAAGAAAGUAAAAUUGAAAGAGAAAUGGUAGUAAAAGAUAUUUCUGGUAAACCACUUGAAGCUAUGACAGUGUUUUCAAUAGCAAUAAAACAUCUUAAACAUGAAGCAUCAAAGAUAGUUUUAGAUUCAAUACUUGGACUGAAAGAAACUGACAUUCAAUGGAUGAUAACAAUUCCAGCAAUUUCAUCUGACUCUGCACGUCAGUUCAUGAGAGAAGCUUCGACAAAAGCAGGAAUCCCAGAGACACAUCUUCGACUUGUUCUUGAGCCUGAAGCAGCAGCUUUAUACAGUACACCACGAAUAAUGACAGAAGCAAUACCAUGCGGGUUUAUGUACAUACUUGCUGAUUUAGGUGGAGGGACAACAGACAUAUGUGCUCAUAAAAUAAUAGAUGGUGGCAAAAUACAAGAAAUAUUCCGAACAACAGGAGAAACCUCUGGUGGCAGUGAUGUUGAUGAUUGUUUUAUUAACAUGAUGAAAACUUUAAUAGGAGAAAAGGUUUGGAGUGAAUUCUCAACUACCCACCCAUCAGCUUGUGUAAGCCUUGUUAAUGAGUUUAGAUUGAAGAAAAAAGAGUUAAAAUCACAAACAAAUAAUAUACAAUUGAGAAUGGAAAAUGCUCUGGUGCAUGUCAUAGGAGGGAAAAAAAUGAACUUGAAUGAUAUAGUUAAAAAGUCAAAAUAUGUCAGAAAACUUGAGUAUAAUUCUAUGGACGCUAGACUUACAAUCAACAGAGAGAUGCUGGAAGACUUAUUCAAGCCAUCAGUUGAUAAAAUCAUUAGCAAAUUGGUUGAUGUACUAAAACAAUGUGAUGAAAAUGAAAUGAGAACAAUCAUUUUAGUUGGAGGAUAUAGUGAAUCUCCUUAUGUAAGGGAGAGAAUUCAGUCAACAUUCAGUAAAAUGAGAGUUAUCCUUGUAGAUGAUGCUAGACUGGCUGUGUUAAAUGGGGCAGUGAUGAUGGGCUGGAAACCGAAAAACAUCAUACAACGUAGGUCCAGGUACACUUAUGGAUUUGCAGUUUAUAAACCAUUCAGAAAGGGAAUAGAUCCAGAACAACUUAGGAUUUAUUAUGAUGGGGACAUUUAUUGUGACAUGAUAUUUCAGAAGAUGAUAGAAAAAGGUCAGAUAGUGGAGUAUGGACAGACAUUUAUAUCUGAACAGUAUGAAACAGCCACUACAGUAGAAGAAAAAUAUAAAGUGAGAUAUGUAGAUCUAUAUAGAUCUACCCAAAAAGAUCCUCAAUACUGUAUAGAGGAGGAAGACUGUAGCUUAGUAGGAACAAUAAGAAUUUUACCACCAUCAGAUGGAUGGCCAGAUAUGUGGGAUCAUGAUCUACACCUUAUUGUUGGUGAAACUGAGUUCACUGUUAAGUAUUUUAAUCUUAAUACAGGACAGGAAUAUGAAGCACAAAUGGAUUUUCUGUAA